AUGUUCGCCCGGCACACGGCGACCCUCUCGCGCGCCGCGUUCGCGUCGACGCCGCGCGUGUGUCCUACCGCCGAGCGGCUGCUUGUGCUGCCCUCUACAAUCAUAGUGCGCGGACUCGAGCGCCGCAUCGCCACGCCGUGCGCGCUCGGGCCCGCCCAGGAUGAGCUGGCCAGCGUGCUCUCUCCGCCGCUCGAGGCCGACGUCAGCGCCCCCAUCGAGGACCUCCCGGACGUAGUUACCACCGGUAUGUCGGACGAGGCCAAGAAGAAAAUCGCGAGAGCGCAGCGCCGGCGCUGGAAGGACCCUGAGCUGCGCCACCGCGUCAAGGAGAAGCUGAAGGGUCGCACGCCCUGGAACAAGGGCCGGUCGCUGUCCGAGGAGCACAAGGCGAAGAUUGCGGCCGCGCGAACAGGCCGCCCCGUCAGCCAGAAAGUGCGCACGAAGCUCAGCAAGCUCAAGGCCGGCAAAACGCUGGCGCCGGAGGCGCGCAGGAAGGUCUCCGCGGCGCUCGCGGGCAAGCCGAAGAGCACCGCGCACCGCGAGGCCAUCGCGGCGGCCCAGCGCAAGCGCCACGCCGCGGCGCGCGUGCUAAAGGCCAUUGAGUUGCACUACAGGGAGGAGUACGACUCGGUGCCGGCGUGGGGCCGCGGGCGGCCGUCGAACGCCAAGGUGAUGGCCGCGGCGGUCGGGCCGUCCGCGUCGCUCGUGGACGCGAGCGGCGCGGUCGCGGGGCCGCGGGGCGGCGUGAUGACGAUGGCGGUGGGCGGCGGCGGGCGCGGCGGGGGCGGGGGCGGCGUGGGGCCGGUGCGGCGCGGGGGCGCGGCGAAGAAGCAGGACCGCCCGACGGUGUCGGCGGUGGUCGACGAGUACACGGGGAUGCUGCGCGAGUACCGCGCGCUGCAGGAGGAGCUCAAGCCCUGGACGAGCGCCUUCGUCACGCAGCACGGCCGCAAGCCGCGCCUGGCAGAUGUGGAGCACACGGGGAUCCAGUGGCUCAUCGCGCGGUACAAGAAGUACCUCGUCAUCCGCGAGCACGUGCUCUCCAGCACGCCCUCGCUGCGCAACCGCAUCGGGUCCGCGCGCCCGACCGACGCCGAGGCGCAGGCCUCGAUCAACAACAUCAACGCCGCGCGGCCCGCCGCGGGCGCCGGCGCCAGCCGCGGCGUCCCGAACAUCACGGGCGGCUCGGGCAUGAGCACGGUGCCCACCAACAUCAACUCGGUGCCGUCGUCGGCGUCCUCCGCCGCCGCCGCGAAGCUCCGGAUGACGGCGGCGCUCAAGUACCGCGCGGGCGCGGCCAAGAACGGCGCGCAGCUCACCGGGUCGAUCGACGAGGGCCCGAGCACCGCCUCGGAGGCCGCUGCGGCCGCCGCCGCGCGCCCCACGCCGCCGGCCGCCUCGGACACCGCCGCGCCGUGGGAGUCGGUCGCCUCGCACGACGAGGACGACGACGCGGACUCGCCGCUGCGCCAGGUCGAGAAGACGCUGCGCGACAUGGCAGCGGCGGAGGAGCGCGCACAGAGCCCGGAGGGGGGGGCUGGCAGCGCGCCGGCCGCGGUGAGGCCGGGCGACGGGCUCGAGGCCGCGCGCGCGAAGCUGAUGGCGGGGCAGGAGGCCAAGGGCCCGGGCGCGCGGCGGGCGAACAAGGCGCUGCAGGCGGCGAUGGAGUACCGCAAGCAGCGCGCGAGCGAGGUGGCGUCGCGGGCGGCGGCGGCGGCGGCGCAGGCCGCGAAGCCGAAGGAGGCGCAGAGCGCGCGGGUGGGCACGUGA